GCCUGUCUGUCAAGCGGGAGCGGCUGUCGGACUCCGUAAACCUGAGGACCACGUAAGAAGGCAGCCAUGGAAACCAGGGCGCUGUCCACCGUAGCUCGUGGGCUGGUGGGAGGUCUGCCUGGCAAGGCCAGCAGAGACCGACGGCUGUCGCAGCCAAUCGCCGCGCUACUCGUGGUCCUCGCCCUGGGUUUCCAGUCGGUCUGCGCCGACGCUGCCAGAGCCUGCCCUGCAGGCUGUUCGUGCCAGCACAGUGGCGAGCGGGUAUCCUGCGUCGGACUCACCCGAGUGCCCAGGUUCCUCGGCUACUCCCCCAGGACGCUGAGCAUCACUCAGCACCGGAUAACCACAAUCGACAGCAGGUCCUUCAGAGGACUGGAGCGUCUGGAAGUACUGGAAAUCACCGAGGGUCGCCUGUCUGAGAUAUCCCCCGACGCAUUCUACGCGCUGAGAGACCUCAAGGAGGUCAACAUCUCACACAACGAGCUGAACGUGCUGCCCCGCGACGCGUUCGCCGAAUGCCGCCGGCUGGAGCUUCUGGACCUGUCCUGGAAUCCACUGGUGCUACCUGGCCGGGGCCCCAUGCUGGUCUCCAGCUCGCUGUCCGCCCUCGACAUGUCCUUCUGCAGCCUCGGCAAACUACCGGACCAGGUUUUCUCCAAGGUGCCGGUCCUCAGCGAAUUACGACUGCGGGGUAACAACCUCCAGCUCGUAUCCGAGUGCAUUCUGGAACCGAUCCCCCAGCUGAUACUGCUGGACGCCGAUCUGACGUUCCAGUGGACCGAGUGCUCUUCCCAGGAGGCGACAACGAGUGGCACUCGGCAGGUGAAUAAGGUGGGAGACCCUGGGAGCGGGCGGGACCCCGCCGAGCGGCAGGCAACAGGCAACGUUCUCGCCUACGAAGAGGUGACCUUCAUCCCCACCCUGGCACAGUGGGUCUUCCUCGUCGUUACAGCACUACUUACAGCGUUGCUACUCACCUACAUUCGCAAAGCAUGUGAAAGAGGUCAACGUCGGGAGGAACACAUAUACGAGAUUCUAGGUGGUAGUCAGACAGUUCGCAUACCAAUUACAAACACGAAUUCAGAACAAGCAGCAAGUCGACCAGCUCCUGCGAGCAUUUAAGCUAUCUUGCAACAGUUUCCUCAGGUGAGAGGGAGAGCCGUUAUGUUAUUCCAGUACCGGGGUACGUUUUGUUUGCAAAAAAGAGGUAAAAGAUUUCAUAUUUUUUGUUGUGUGUAUAGUUGACAGUACAUUUAAUCCAAGUUCUCGAUCUCGAAAACUCUCGGGACAACUUUUUGCAGCCAAAAGCCCAAGAAAUUUUGGCACUUUUUUUUAAGGCUUUCGCCAAUUAUUCGGAAAUUAUCCAUCCUACUUUAAAUGUUACCCUAACCAAACUGAAAGAGCAUUAAAUGUUGACUCGAAUGACCUAUUUAAAUGUGAAAAUCGGUGCAGCCAUUUGGCCGCAAUCAGUUGUCAAAGUUAAUUCAUUUUUACCAGUUCGGCUAAAAAGUCGGCUCGAACGCCCGUAACUCAAAACCGACUACUCCAAAUGAAAAAUGUCACGUUAUCAAAGUUAUAAAGCAAGGAAUUUCAUAUUAGAAAACCAUCUAGUUUUUCAGUUUUAGGCACUAUUAAACGUUUGUGCACCUAAAAGCCAAAGUAAUUAUAUUCUACUGUUUUUCUUUCAAGUCACAGUUAUUCAAUGAAAUGCAAUCUCCAGUGAGGAGAUGGCUCUCUAAUGAGCACAUAUGUGUUCUGCGUGUGUAUCAUUUUUAAUUUUCUUCGUUCAAUUAUGUUUUUAUUCGUUUUUACACAUGUCUUAAUUGGUAUGAGUCGGUUGCUAAAAUGAAAACCAAGUACAUAGUAAUGGACGUAUGAAUAACAUAAAAAUUUGUACUAAUGAAGAAAUAAAAGGGUAUGGCAACAUUUAAAAAACAAUAAUAUAUCAGAGAUUAACAUUUUAUCAAGUUUCAAUUCCAUCGCCGUCAUUUGGGAGACUCCGGCAUGUCCCGCUCCCAGCAUCCGAUCUCCUGUGUCACCAACAUCCUCGACCUGGAACAUAUCUUCUACCUUCUCCACAUCGUUGCCGGGUCCAGUUUCUGGGGCGUUCUCGCAAGAUAAGCCAUAAGAGUGUUUGCACGCCGAUGAGCACUUCAGUCCAGAUUUGGGACGUCCACAUGCUGCUGUCCACCUCGUUCUGCGUGUACAGGAAACCACGUUCAGUAGCGUAGCUGGAGCCGCAUCGUCAGGGGAAACGAGGCUGAUUUCUUACAGCCACACUGGAACUGAUCAGUUUUCUGCCCCUGACAAGCUUACAGCUCACGGUAGGAUCACAGUCAGUGUCACCUCGCUGCGUGCGGUGUUGGCGGUAGCCUUUCGUGUUUGAAAGAUUUUCUCGGGGCAGACUUUACGAAAAGCUCGUGCCUGAGGUCGUCCAAAGCCGCGCAGCUGUAAUUCCCGUACACUGUUCUACUGCCUAUGCUGUUAAGUCUUGAGAAGCUGAGGGUUUAACAAGUUCAGCAGCUUGCAAUUUAAGAUGUGGCUGUUGCUCCAUAUGGUUUAGUAAUUAAUAAAAUGGAUUGUGUAUCAUAUACUGCGAAGGCAUGGCUGAAAAGUGCAGAUCCAGAAUCUAAACUGAAAGAAUUACUAGAAUACCACACUCUGUCGUCCCACUUUAUGAAACUACGGGUUGUUCUAGGAGUCUUCUCUACCGGUUAGGAGAACAAGCACGCCUAUGUCCUCGCUUAUGAUUGCCACACCGUCAGACUCAGUAACUUGGGACAUAGCUACUUCCACAACUAAUGAAUCGGCAUACUCUUCUCCUUGUAACACUUGAAUACCUACAUCCUCAAAUUUCCUCAUGAGCAUUAAAAGCAAGUCGUUCUCGUUGCUCUUAUUUACGAGAAACUUCUCUUCUGCGACUGCAGCAUUUGUAUCUUCAUCGAAAAUGAUGUCUGAUGAAGAACCCUGUGUCCCUAAACGGCGAGAUUUUUCAGAAGACUUUCUUCCCCUUCGCGUAGCAUCUCUUAGAUAGGAACGUCUUCUUCCCCGAUCAGUGUUGUCAGACUCUAUAGCUGUGCAGGGAGAGACUGACAUGAUUCCUACCGUGGAAAGGAAAGCAUUCAACCCGUCAAUCUUGCAUAUGUUAAAAUCGGCGUUGUCAGAGAUGCGCUGGAAGAAUCCUUCGCUGGUUAUGGUUAGGAUGUUCAGGUCGCGCAGUCAAGGACGUCUGAAAUAGGGAAGCUUCCAUUAUUGGAGCUGCGCAUCCAAUUGCACUAAAAGCGUCGACAAUAAGUCUUAAUCCGGAUCUGUUGUAUAUGACUGUACUGAGCCCAUUCAAUAGUGAAGAUAGAAAUGACCGUGACCUUUCUUCGGAAAUCAAUGAAUGUGACAAAGCAACACUUUUCUUAUUUACCUAGGGUUCAUUUUGACUUAAAAAGAAACAACAAACUGAAAUUCCUUUGACUUUCAAGUGUGCGAACGCUUAAUAGUGCCUAAAACAGAAAAAGUGGAUGCCUUGUGACAGGAGAUUUCACACUCUACAACUUUGAUAACUCGAAUUUUUGAACUGAAGUAGCAGUUUUUGAAUUACAGGCGUUGGAACCGGCUUUUUAGCUAAGCUGGUAAAAAUGAACGAAACUUGACAAUUGAUUCCGGCCAAACGACUGCUCCUAUUUUGGUAUUUAAGUAGCUCAUUCGGCGAAAAUUUAAUGCGGUUUCAUUGAGGUAAGGGUAACAUUUUCAGUACGCUGCUUUGUUUCCGAGUAAUAGACGAAAACCUGAAAAAAGUGCCAAUAUUUCUUGGUUUUUUUGGCCAAAAAAAGUUGUACCGAGGGUUUCACACCAUUAUCAUUAUUUUUGUGUACUUUUCGCUGCUCCAAUUCCCCCUGAGCAGCAGUGGUAUACAGUAUGGAACCCUCACAAUGCAGUGACUUUGUGAGAAGUCCAUGUACGGACACGAUGAGCCUGUUUAGCUACAGCGCGAACAGUCCACGUAUGAUCGAGUGUUCUAAUAAAGAAGAAAAAAAAGUAAAACAGAAAAUAAGAAAAGAGCACCGAAUAAUGAGUUUCUCGAAGGAGAAGCCGACAUCUAAUUUGUAAAGUUGAAUACACAGCCGUGAAAGCUGUGUGUUGACCUCGUGAUCGAAUCUUAUUACUGUCCUGCAACAUCUUAGGGCGGACGAUGAAACCAGCUGAGCCUCACAGCGAAUCUAGCUAGGCACACGUCGUCUGACAGCUUGCGGCCAAGAGUGCCAGCGUCCGGGGUGAAGCACGUGCUGGUAUCACUGCCAUUUAGAGCUCCUGCUGUUUCUGCCAUAAGCGCCAGAAGGAACUGUGAUGCUUGCGGCCAAGAGUGCCAGCGUCCGGGGUGAAGCACGUGCUGGUAUCACUGCCAUUUAGAGCUCCUGCUGUUUCUGCCAUAAGCGCCAGAAGGAACUGUGAUGCUUCGUGCAAUGUCCUCCGACGUUGCCCAUGUGCUGAAUGUGCGACGCCCAUUCAGAAACUGAAGAUCUGAAGAUUCUUUCGUCGUACACAGAUAACAAGCGUUUUAAGAAACAGAACGAAUGAAACGCAUUGCUUGCCACAUAUUUUGCUAAUCCCACACGACAGCCAUGAGGCAUAUAUGUAAUUCGAAAUCAGUUUUCGCAAUUUCCAAAUGUCUUUGGCAGGCACAAAAUAUUUUCAUCU